AAAUAAUUAAUUAUUCUUUUUUCAAAAUUAGAUCCCAUCCUAAAAAGUAAAGCGAAUAUGAGCUAUUAAUCUCUGUUUAAUUUGUUAUCGGCGUGGAACGCUCAUUUCCCUCCACCGUUCAAAUUCCAUAUUCCGUUUGGAAAAUGUUAAGAUCUUCCAAAUGGGUUUUUUUUUUUUCUUUUUGAAAUUUGUUUAAAGCAUCGUUUCCCCCUUGAUGAUGUAAGGCCAUAAGCCGCCUUCUUAAUGCCGUCGUCCUUCCUUCCCAGUUUAUUUUAAACAUUUUUGUGCUUUCCCCUCUCUUCCCAUCUGCAUUUUUUUUCUUUCCCAUUUUUAUGAUUUGGGUCUUCUGGGAAUUGCUUUGGGACUAUGGCUUCCAAUAUUGGAAUGAUGGACAGUGCUUAUUUUGUCGGUAGGAAUGAGAUUUUGACAUGGAUCAACAAUUGCCUUCAACUCAAUCUCUCUCGCAUUGAAGAGGCUGCAUCCGGGGCUGUGCAGUGUCAGAUGAUUGAUAUGACCUACCCAGGAUCUGUCCCAAUGCAUAAGGUCAAUUUUGAUGCCAAAACUGAAUACGAUAUGAUCCAGAAUUACAAGGUGUUGCAGGAUGUAUUCAAUAAGUUGAAAAUUGAAAAGCAUAUUGAAGUCAAUAGGCUUGUAAAAGGUAGAACACUGGAUAACUUGGAAUUCUUGCAAUGGCUGAAACGCUACUGUGAUUCAGUAAACGGUGGCAUAAUGAAUGAAAACUAUAACCCCGUGGAGCGGCGAUGUAAGGGUGUAAAGGGUGGAGUGAUGAUGAAGGGCUGCCAGAAGGCCGCUAAAUCACUGCAAACACAUAAUAUACAUAGCCCUGGCUCUUGUGACCCAGUUGAACCAAGAUCGAAGCCGGGGAAGAACGGCGUAACGAGCAGGGCACAUUCUUCUGGAGAGAUUCAAGCGUUGUCCAAGGAGAUUACAGAACUGAAACUGUCUGUGGAUCUCUUGGAAAAAGAAAGAGAUUUCUACUUUGCAAAAUUAAGGGACAUAGAAAUCUUUUGUCAGAUGCCUGAAUUAGAAGAGCUCCCGAUGGCAGCAGCAAUCAAGCUGAUUUUGUAUGCAGCAGACGCCAAGGAGUCAGCACUAGCUGAGGCUCAAGAGUACAUAUACCAAUCAAAGAACACUACCAACGUUGAAGAUGAAAAUGAGGAGUGAAUUUGAAGUUUCCCACAAAAUUUGAGCUUAAACAUUGAGAGAAAACAAGGCUGAAUCAUUGCCAAGCAACUCUACAGUUGUUAUAUGUGUUUGUCUCAAGAAUCAUGAUUGUUAACUGGCCAUUGACCUGACCAUUGGAUUUGUAAUAACAGAACGCUCAUCAUAAGCUUGUUGUUAUGUUCUUUC